AUGACCCCCAUCGAGGAUACCUGCACCUCCUUGCGGGCGCAGAUCUCCGCCACAGAAGCCCACCUCGCCGGGCUCAAGCGCGACCUCGCCGACGCCGAGAAAGUCGCGCUGAGCACGCGCCCCACCAGCGAUCAUGAGAAUGCGCCCAAUGGCACUGACACCGACACCGGUCGGUGGCCACUACUCAAGGAGGAAUAUAAGCGAUAUGGUCGGCAGAUGAUUGUAUCUCAGCUUGGUCUGGAAGGUCAACUCAAACUGCGAUCUGCGAGGGUUCUCCUCGUGGGAGCUGGUGGUUUGGGAUGUCCUGCUGCCCAAUACCUCGCUGGUGCAGGCGUGGGCACCAUCGGCCUGAUUGACGGCGACACCGUCGAGAGUUCGAAUCUUCAUCGCCAGGUGCUUCACCGGACGAAGAAUGUCGGGAAGUACAAGGUGGAUAGCGCCAUUGAGGCACUGAGGGACCUCAACCCCCAUCCGACGUACAUCCCUCAUCGAACACACCUCACCCCCGAAGACGCCCCUGCGAUCUUUGCCAACUAUGACUACAUUCUCGAUUGCACCGAUAAUCCGGCGACGCGAUACCUGAUCUCCGACACGGCCGUGCUACUCGGCAAGACGUUGGUGUCUGCAUCUGCGUUAAGAACCGAGGGCCAGUUGAUGGUACUGAACAACCCGCCUCGACCACCAGGAGAUCCAGAAGGAGGCCCAUGUUAUCGAUGUGUCUUCCCUAAGCCACCGCCAGCGGACAGUGUUGUCAGCUGUGCAGACGGGGGAAUAUUAGGACCCGUGGUCGGUACAAUGGGAGUUCUACAAGCGUUGGAAGCCAUCAAGGUGAUCACGGCGCCAUCCCCAGAUAGCUCGAGCUCGACACCAAAACGCGAAUCGCCGUCGCUCCUGAUCUUCUCCACAUACUCCAAUCCUCAAUUCCGCUCUAUUCGCUUGCGCGCCCGCCGGGCCAACUGUGCUGUCUGCUCGGGCGAUGCCUCGGUGACCUUGGACACGAUCAAAUCCGGAUCCACCGACUAUGUGUUUUUCUGUGGCUCAGCGACUCUUCCAUCUUUGCUGGCGCCCAGUGAACGUAUCUCACCGGAGGCAUACCGCGAAAAGCACUCGCCGUCCACCAACAUAGAUAAAUCCAUUAUGAUUGAUGUGCGCGACAAGGCACAAUUUGGUAUUUGCAGUCUGGAAAAUAGCAUCAAUGUUCCCAUCGGCGAUAUCCUUGCUUCAAGGGCGAAGCCUGCGAGCUUGAACCAAGGUCCCGACAAUACUUCCCAGCCUGAACUGCCCUCCUGGGUCCCCACCGAGCUCACCUCGUCCGAGUCCAAAGACCCCAUCUAUGUGGUGUGUCGGCUCGGCAAUGACUCCCAAAUCGCCGUUCAGAAGUUGAAGGAAUUAGGACUGGACCAGAAUGGACAACGAUACAUUGGAGAUAUCCAAGGUGGAUUUCGGGCAUGGCGGGAGCAGGUCGACCCGGACUGGCCGGAGUACUGA